CCAUCCUGCUGGACGGGAAGGCGCUGCUCGGUUGGGGGGUGGCACCGCGGGGCUGCGGUGGGACAGGGACAGAGCCCGGCCGUGCCCUGCCCGUGGGUCCCGGGGGAAGGCGGUGCCUGUCCCUUCCCCGGCUCCGCUGCCCUUGACCUUUGGGAUGGUUGGAGCCGCCCUGAUCGCUCUUCGGGUCCCUAAGCACAGUGAACCUUUUCCUCCCUGUAUUAAAUAGAAGGAAUUUAUUCCUUCUCCGCUAUUUAAGGCGCCGGAGUGAUGGAUUUGGCAGCUUCUGGCUCAGGUGCAGAGGAGCCGGGUAUUAAGCGCAAUUUGCAUUUGAUCCGCGUGUGUGCGAAGGUGUUGUGAGCCCUUAAGGGCACCCCGGGGAGGGUUUGGUAACCCGGUGUCUGCACAGACAUUGACAGAAUUCAUCUCAGCCCAGGCAGGACCUUCCCCUGCCUGCCCAGCACAGCUGAGCCCGCCUGUGCCGUGUUUGCAGGGGGAAAAGCCGCUCCCGCUUGCCUGAAAUAGGGAGGAAGGAAUGCUUCAGCCGCUGCAGAGAAGGAGCAAUAGCAAGUUUGAAAGCUUCUCUUGUUUGAAGAUCAGCAGUAAACAAAGGCAGAGUGAAGAAUUUGCCACGUCGUGACUGAAGGUAGAAGGAAAAAAAAAAAACAAACCUGCAAGGAGAUCAGCCCAGCAGCAGAUAUUCCAUGUCAGUGGAACCCACAGGCUUUGGGGGAUCUUUGUCACACUUCCAGAAGAACAAAUAGCACUGCCACACAUCCAUAAUUGUGUCCCCUGGAAUCUGGCAGCAGCUGUGGUGUAGAUGGCUCAGCUUCCUCCUGGGAUCCGUUUCAUCACUUCAUUCUCACGAGAUCAGUGGUAUAGAGCUUUCAUUUUCUCUCUCACCUUCCUGCUGUAUGCCAGCUUCCAUCUCUCCAGGAAACCUAUCAGUAUAGUGAAGGGAGAGCUGCAUAAGCAUUGUGCAAGCCAAGUUGAGCUUGACUCCUACAAAGAAUAUGCAGCCCAGAUCCAGCCUGUCAAAAAACCAUUUAAUGCCUCUCAGUGUGGAUGGGAGCCAUUUGAUAAGAGCAACUACAAACAGCUACUGGGAGCUCUGGAUUACUCAUUUUUGUGUGCAUAUGCAGUUGGGAUGUAUUUAAGUGGCCUCAUCGGAGAGCGGCUGCCCAUCCGCUACUACCUGACAGGGGGGAUGCUGGCCAGUGGACUCUUCACUGCAAUGUUUGGAUUGGGUUAUUUCUAUAAUGUGCACAAUCUCUGGUUUUACAUCAUGGCCCAGAUAGCCAAUGGGUUGGUGCAAACCACUGGCUGGCCAAGUGUCGUUACAUGUAUUGGCAACUGGUUUGGAAAAGGAAGGAGAGGUUUGAUCAUGGGAGUCUGGAAUUCCCACACCUCAGUGGGGAAUAUCUUGGGAUCCUUGAUUGCUGCUUACUGGGUGUCCUCGUGCUGGGGUCUCUCUUUUGUGGUGCCUGGGCUCAUCGUGGCUCUCAUGGGGGUUCUUUGUUUCCUGUUCCUCAUUGAACAUCCUAAAGAUGUCAGUUGCUCCUGCACACCAUCCAGUAGUUCUAAAACCUUCCUGAAUGGUGCCUCUCGGUGCAGGAUCCAGAUGCCAAUGUUAAAUGCUAAGGAAAAUGGCAAACCUCAGGAUGCAGAGAUGCAGCAUUUGCUCAGUGAGAAUGAGAACAGCAGCGUGGCCACUGGGGAAGGAAGGCAUGGGACAUCAGCCAUCAGCUUCCUUGGGGCCCUGAGGAUACCUGGGGUUGUGGAGUUCUCCCUUUGUCUCCUGUUUGCAAAACUGGUGAGCUACACUUUCCUCUUCUGGCUUCCCCUCUACAUCACAAAUGUGGAGCAUCUUGAUGCCAAAAGAGCUGGGGACCUUUCUACACUGUUUGAUGUGGGUGGGAUCUUUGGUGGGAUCUUGGCAGGUCUCAUUUCAGAUAGGCUGGAGAAGAGAGCGUCAACCUGUGGAAUGAUGUUGCUGCUUGCAGCACCCACUCUAUACAUGUUCUCUGCAGUCAGUAAAAUGGGCCUUGAGGCUACUAUAGUGAUGCUGCUUAUCAGUGGUGCCCUGGUGAAUGGCCCUUAUGCCCUGAUCACCACUGCUGUCUCUGCUGACUUGGGUACCCACAAGAGCCUGAAGGGGAACGCGCGGGCCUUGUCCACGGUGACGGCCAUCAUCGACGGGACCGGAUCUGUGGGUGCAGCUUUGGGGCCUCUCCUGGCUGGCCUUAUUUCCCCUUCUGGUUGGAACAACGUGUUCUACAUGCUCAUGAUGGCAGAUGCAUGUGCCUUGCUACUCUUACUCCGUCUUAUCCAGAAGGAACUUCAGUGUCAUGCAGAUCACACCCUGUUCAAAGAGCACUGAGCUCGCAGAGCUGGGAUGAGGAGUGUGCCAGAGGAUGGAGCUGCUCCCUGAGAACCCCACCCCGUGGGACACCUGAUUCUGUGUUUGAAGGGUCUCUGUGUGGUGAAGAGCCUUGCAGGAUUCCUGGGAGCAGUGUGAGACAUGGCAAACCCCUGGAGCUCUGAUUUUUGCACAUGAACAAGUACCUCAGGAUGGCCACUGCUCAUCAGAGGGGAGAUGGGGACUUGGGGAAGGCUUCAGCAGCACGCCUCAACUGAGCCAAAGAGAAAUACCAAGUGCCUUUUUUAUUUCUUUUGAUAGGAUGUUUUUAAUUGAAACUGUGAACUGUGUAAUUGCCAACAAUCGAGGCAAAGCUGGAGCAGGAGGAAGUUGAAAUUUUAACAGUGUGUGAGUGACUGUCCCAGGGUCAGUGAGCAAUGUGUCUCUGAUGUCAUCUGUGUACACUGAGAGCAUCACUUUAUAGAGGGCACCAUCAGCUGGUUAUUAAGGUGUGCUGCUGUUAGGGUUUGAAGCUGCUCACACAGUAAUCACCUGGCUGUGUUAUGAGUGUUUAGCUCCAGUUCUAUUUCCCAAGGACAGCAUCCAGCCUUUUGGUGGGUUAUGAAAUAGAAUUUACCCUUGCUGUGUACUGCAGUUAGCAGUUUUCACAGAUCCUCUGGAUGAAUGUUAGUCCUCCAUUAGGAUUAUGCAAAAAAAAAAAAAAAA